AUGGCAGCAGGCUUCCCUCGGUCUGAGGUUCCUGCGACCGAGGACAUCCCCGAGCGGCAGAGAGUUUGGCAUUGCCAGGCCCCCGACAUUCCCGACAACGCCGCGCCGCCGAGUCCGGAUCUUGUCAUUUUGACUUUGGGGGUCCAUCCUUACAGAUUCUCGUCUCGUCUCGUGAUGUCUCUCUCUCUCUCUCUGUGCGUGUGUCUUUUACCCAUCAUCAGCCGCGGACCGAUUCCUGCAUCACAGUCAUCACGCAAGGCGGCCGCGAAGGAGCGAAACGAAGCGGAUGCGAUGAUGCGAAAGUGGGAUCCCCUAAUUCCCCAUCCGCAUCACCAGCAUGUAAGGUACAUCACUCCCCCCCAAACCCCUGCUUCACGCGCUCGCAUCGCUCCGCGGGGGAAGAGGAAGAGGGAGAUGACGGCUGGCUGCCCUGUCACUCUGGCAGGCCUGGCCUGA